UGUCGGCGAUAAGUCCGUCAGUCGCCGGAUCGCCGUCGUAGAGAGCGCCGAAGCCCCGAGAGAUCGCCAUGGCCGAACCGAAGGACGUGCUUGUCGCGGUGCUGCAGCUGCUGGUCGGCCUCGUUUACACGGUCUACUGCGUGCUGGAGAGUCUCGUGCUCACCUUCGUGCCCCGCCGCUUCCGCAUGAAGGACGUCGCGGGCGACAUCGUGCUCGUGACGGGGGGAGGCUCGGGCAUCGGGCGACUCAUGUGCCUGAACUUCGCCAAGAAGGGCGCCAGGAUCGUCAGCUGGGAUGUCGAUGAGGCAGGAAACAAAGAGACGAUGCGGCAGGUGGUCGCCUUGGGGGGUACGUGCCGCGCCUACACCGUGGAUCUUUGUGACCGCAAUGCUGUGUACAAUGCCGCCGACAGAGUCAAAGAGGAAGUAGGCAAGGUGGACAUUUUGGUCAACAAUGCAGGAAUCGUCACUGGGAAGAGGUUCAUGGAAUCGCCCGACGACCACAUCGUUAGAACCUUCCAAGUCAACACUUUCGCUCACUUCUGGACGGUGAAAGCUUUCCUCAACGACAUGAUGGAGAGCAACAAGGGACACAUCGUCAACAUUGCAUCCAUGGCAGGCUGGCUCGGCUGCAAUAACCUUGUCGACUACUGCUCUUCCAAGUUCGCUGCCGUCGGCUUCGAUGAGGGACUGAAGCUGGAGCUGAAGGUGCUGGGCAAGACCGGCGUGAAAACCACAUGUGUGUGCCCCAUCUACAUAAGCACCGGAAUGUUCGAAGGUGUUCAGUCCAGGGUCCUGCCCAUCCUCACCCCCGAGUACGUGGCGCAGGAGGCUGUGGACGCCACACUCAUGAACCAGAGACUGUUGAUGCUGCCGCCCUACGUGAGGAUCUUGGCGCUCUGCAGAGUGAUCCUUCCAGACAAAGCCAACUAUUUCCUGGGAAAGAUCGCCGGCGUUACCGUCAUGAUGGACAACUUUGUCGGCAGGAGCAAGAGUCGCUAGAGACCUGCGAGAUAAGUCUUCGAAACAAUCACAAAGCGAGCGCAAGAAUGAACCAACGGGAGCAGCAGAACAUCUCGCUGCUGGCACUUGCGAUGUUAUUUUGACAUUCCAUAAUAUUAGUGAUUCUCAACCCUUCCUCUGCCAUUUUACUCCUUCGCCUGGACCUACCUUACCCCCCUUUAUUUGCAUAAAAAAGGAAUGAAAUACCUGGCAUAAACAGGAUAAAAAAAGAACAACAAGGGACAUUGUGGUUAUUAUGAUUUUUCAUGAAUUUAUUUUGAUAAAAAAAAGAUAUAGUUACUGUCCAAUUGGUUUAAAAAAAAAAAAACUUUGAAAAAUGCCAGAAGCAUCAUCCUUUGAUUCAUUAAGUCAUCCACUUUACUCACUUAAAAGUUACCACGCGAACACCACCUGGCAAUAUCCGUCGCUGCCCCCUCCGUAUUAAUAUAGAUUUACCCUCUGCCAUGUAGACUUUUUACCCUAGUGGAUAACGUUACCCCUGGGUGAGAAUCACUGCUUUAUAUAUACAUAUGUGCUUUGUCGUGAACACAUCAGAAUUUUCGAAACUCAAAAUAUCGCAAUUACCGUCUUUUAAAGUAUUUUUCUUAAUGUCCAAUCUUUUGGCCCUCGAAGCCAUGAACUCGCAUUCAGUAACAUUAAUCGCAACUGACUCUGUAUCUCCGUCAACUCCGCAGCAAAUGUUUAGAAAUCCGAAUCAUUCACUGAAAUCUGAAUUACUCACUAAUACUGCCAAUCACUGUAAAUGUCAGUCCUUUCAAAUAAGUCUGUAAUAAAGGAAUGGCACAUUAA